GUAGGCUUCUGCGCUCGAGAUUUGGAAUUCGAAAAGGUUUCUCCAAAUUCAAUCCACGUUCCAGUUGGAUCCAAUCCCGUGAAGAGUCUUAUUAUGUCUACCACGCAUGAAGAAGAGCCCCUCCUGCGCUCGGCGCAAAGCACUUGGAGACCCCCGCCAGGGUUCCUUUGGAUACAAUUGGCCAUCAUGUCAAACGUGUUCCUGUCUGGGUUUGAUGGGACAAUCACUGCGUCGACGUAUGCGGUCAUCAGCUCCGAAUUCAAUGCUGCCAACACGGCAUCGUGGCUCACGACCUCAUAUCUGAUCACGAGUACUGCCUUCCAGCCGCUAUAUGGUCGCUUCUCGGAUAUCCUCGGCCGGCGCACGUGUUUCUUCACGGCCACAAUCUCAUUUAUCGUUGGGUGCGUAGGCUGUACCGUCGCAAAGGAUGUCGUCUUCCUGAAUAUCAUGCGUGCGGUCACCGGAAUCGGCGGGGGUGGCUUGAUGACAAUGGCGACUGUGAUCAACUCCGACCUCAUUCCAUUUCGCAAUCGCGGCAUGUACCAGGCCGUACAAAAUGUCGCCUACGGCUUUGGCGCUAUUUGCGGUGCCUCUUUCGGAGGUGCUAUUGUAGAUACUAUCGGAUGGCGCUGGUGCUUUUUCUUGCAAGCACCAGUCUCCUUGAGUGCAUUGGUUUUAGGCUACUUUGUCUUGAAGUUCCCUGCGAAAGAUGCCCAGGCCACGACCGAGCCGCGAGGCAUUUGGCACCGGAUUGACCUUCUUGGCGCCUGCCUGCUAGUGCUGGCUCUAUCAAGCCAAUUGGUGGGCCUCAGCCUGGGUGGCAACGAGCUUCCAUGGACGAGCAUCUGGGUGAUCUUAUCUUUGCUCGCCAGCAUCGUGUUCUUGGCUUGCUUCAUCAUCGUCGAAGCUAAAACGAAGGCAGCUCCCCUGAUCCCGUUGAAAAUGCUAUCUGGCGUACUCCCAGUAUCAACUCAAAUUGCCAAUGUCUUGAUUCUGCUUGAUAGUCCAACCAAAGCCGGCGCCCGACUGGUGAUUCCUUCCCUGGCGACUCCACUGGGAGGUCUCAUCGCAGGCAUUGUCAUGUCACGCUGGGGUAAACUGGCCCACCUUGUUCGGGUUGGCGCUGCUCUUAUGUUCAUUGGAAACCUCCUGGUUGCUCUCCUCCGUUUCCAUGAUGACAAUUGGAAAUACUUCGCUUUCAUUUUCCCUGCCAAUCUUGGCCAGGGAAUCGUAUACCCCGGUAUCCUGUUCACCUUCCUCGCUGCGUUUGACCAUGACGACCAUGCUGUCUCCGCUUCCACCGUCUACCUCAUUCGUUCUCUUGGCACGGUUUGGGAGUGGCAUUCAGGCCUUGACGAGGCCUUGAGUGAAGUACCAGAUAAAUGGAAAGUACAACCACUCCAGAAGAAAAGAAAGGCAUGGCAAAUUUUCUUGAUUGACGAGAUUCGGCACUCAGUCUCCGCAAUCCGUACCCUGCCCCCAGAUGUCCAGAUCGCCGUUCGUCUCGUUUACUACCGAGGCAUCAGGCUUUGCUUCGCCACAUCCGCUGGAUUUGGGCUCAUUGCGACAUUCGCAGCUCUUUUUACUGGUGGCAAAGGGUUGGAACGUUCCGCCGAGCCCUAG